AUGACGCUUCAUGCAGCGCAAAGGCGCAUUGGCGUCCCACGAGCUUUCAUGUUUCGCCGCAAUAUGCCUCCUCACCGCACUCUUAUCCCCGCCCCCAAGGCCAACUCAGGCCCUUUGAUGGAGCGACGGGCGGAUCGAGAACUUCCCUCCAUCAAUACUGAGAAGCGCCGAUGGAUCAAGACGCUGCCGAUAUUUGCGGUAGUCGUUGGAGCUGCAAUGCUUGGCAUAUUUAAUUACCAGAAGUCGUCUUCGAGCGUCGUGAGCAGCACGCUAUAUGCCCUUCGAACUUCACCUCGUGCACGGGAAAUCCUGGGAGACGAAAUUUACUUUGCUCAAAAGAUACCGUGGAUUAGCGGGGAAAUGAAUCAGCUACAUGGUCGGAUUGAUAUCUCCUUUUGGGUGAAGGGGACAAAGGGUCAGGGGAAAAUGCGGUUCCGAAGCAUUAGGCCGGACCGCAUGAGCUUUUUUCGCACCGAAGAAUGGAGCCUAGAGACGGAGGACGGACAAGUCGUGCAGCUACUUGACCAUGACAGCGACCCUUUUCGCCAAGGCAAUUGA